UCGUCGAGUCCAGAUAAACCUCACUGUAGCUAGCUAGCUAGCUGUGUACUGCACUGUCUCCUAGAGUCCUCCUAGAUCCUGUACUGCUGUACUAGACUGUACAGCUGCAGCCGUAUUCUACUGCCUUGUUAGAGAGGGUGCUGUCUUGUCUAAGACGAGGAGAGCUGUCUACUGUGAGGCAAGCCAAGUGUAAUGGCUAUGUCCCUGGAUCCGUCAGUAGAGCUAUCGCUGAUUCAGCAAAGGUUCCCAGACAUUGCCGUCACCGAGAGUGGAGCCCUCGUAUCAGACUUCUUCUGUGCUCGUAAGGUUGGAACAAGGAGGUUGGAGGGACGACUAUUUCUGACUGAGAAAGCCGUGUUCUUUGUAUCAACAUUCUCUGAUGCCCACGAUUUCGACCUCUAUAUAAAGCUUUCAGAUGUUCUACUAGUGACUGCAUUUUGUAAGAACAUCGUACCAGCUGUAGAGUUCUCACUCAGGGGGAAGGAUGAGCUGUUCACAAACUUCUACAACCUGGGUGUGGUGGUGGCCUCCCUCACUGGUCUCCUACCCGGGAAGGUGCUGGAGAAUAAGUCAAACGGUUCCCAGCGUAAACUGAAUCGCAUGUUGAGUGUUCCAGCGAGACAACGCCGCACCCCCACACCACCCCCUGCAUACGAGGCCGUCAUCAGAGAGGAGCUCCUCGUCGUUAAGACACCAGUUUGUCCGUUCUUCUCCAAGUGUGGAUUCUGUCCUCGUGUUCCUCUCUGUAAGCUGCAGCACGAACCCAUGACCUCCCUCAAACAAGACCACACCCAUCUGUCAGCAAGUAUCCAUGGCAACUCGUACUCCCUCCUCUCUCCGUCCAAACGAAUACACCUGCUCGAAAAACCAGAGCUCGUAGAAAUCCGACAAACUGUUGGCGGAAACAGUUCUGAAUCAACUAAGACAUCCAGUAUUGAAUAUAGCCGAAGCUUGUCGUCUCCAGCCAAAGUGUUAACAUUUAACACUGAAGAGUCUGAAACUGUCCCCAAAAGAGCAGCAACUGAUUCGGCCAUUGAUAAAGAUAGAGGUAGUGCACAGACUCCAAUUUUGUCGAAAUUUUCUGAAGAGGAUACUCACGAACCAAGUCUUGUUGUUCCUCCAUCUUUUGAUUUUGCAGCCGAGGGUCAGAGUGAAAAAGGAAAAGAGGACGAUGAUGACAUUGUAAAGGUUAAAGGUCAAAUAGACGAUAGCAUGUUUGUUUUUACGGCUUCUAAUCUUUCAUCGCCGGAUGUUCAGUUAAAACGGAGAAAUGCCGGAAUGACAUUUAGGUUUCCCGGGGAGGGUGUUGUGAGUGGUACGGAGGGUGCAAAGGUCGAGAGUGACGAAAACUUGGCGAUGUUGGCACAGCAACUGGAGCUCGAAGUUGACACUGACUCUCUUACUGGAGACCUUGACCUGGACUCCCAGCGCCGGCUGUUGGCCGACUAUGGUGGUGCCAGUAGUGACCUUUCCCCGGGCUGGGGAGACGUGCCCUCUCCACCACCACUGCCCAAAUUGACUGGAACAGCUGCACCAUUCAGAUGUUACAAAGAAGGAGAAGUGAAGGACGGUGGUCCACACAAGAGACGUCACUGCCUCUACUUUUUAGCGGGGCAUUGUGUGAGGGGACCUGACUGUCCCGAGUACCACGGCGUAAUCCCGGACAAUUAUGACGACCUGGAAGCCAUGAUAUCGGAGGAUGAUUUCUCAACUAUAGAGAUCCCCUCCCGCCUCAAGGUGUACCCGGCCAGCACUCUGGGACGAGGAGACAUCAACUCGGGGGACAAGAUCAUCCUCUCCCCUCACGUCCUCUUGGCAUGUGAGCAGCAGGAGCUCUCCUAUCCCAUAGCCUUCAGAUUGGAGCAUCCGACGUCAGGAAGUGUGGUACAUGCCGGAGUGCUGGAGUUCACUAGUUCCUCCAUGGACCACGGCUAUCUUCCCCAGUGGAUGGUCGAUCAUCUAGGAGUGGGGGCGGGGGAGGAGGUGGAGUUUAAACACGUAGAGCUCCCUAAAGGACAGUUUGUCAGACUCCAGCCAGUCUCUUCAGCAUGGCUGGGCAUUCAGUACGACAAGAGAUUGGCCAUGAUGGAAUUCCAACUCAGAAACUUUCAGACGCUGACGGAGGGUACAAAGGUCACUCUGACGUACGAGCUAAACAAGUACACACUGAAGGUGCUCGAAUGCAAACCAGCCAAAGGUAUCUCCAUUGUUGAUGCUGACAUUACUACGGAUGUGGUGGAGCCUGCCGACUUCAAUAGAUACCACUCUAUAGAGGAUGGUCAGGCAGUGAACACUAGUCUGGAUGAACCUACCAAGUGCUCGAAGGAAGAGAACACGUACAGACACUUUGUGCUGCUGUCCCUCCCCGGCCAGCCCCUCCCUCCUGGACUGAGAGUGGUGGUGACCUCCUCUCGAGGUGACGCUGAUCUCUUCCUCUCUCAAAGUUGCACUGCACCCACACAGGCCAGGUACACGUGGUGUGACCAGAGUGUGGGUGAGUCAGUCAUCAGUCUCUCCAGUCAGGGAGGGGGCUACGAUGUCAAUAAGUCACUGUACGCUGGUGUGGUGUCGCUGUGUGAGGAGACGGAGUUCACCAUCACCUUCCACACCCACCAGACAUCACAUGACAGCAACGAUACCACAGGUUCUCUCUUGGGUACGACCACUGGUCGCUCAACACAGGAAGCCACACCCACUAACGAGCCCUCUGAGACCACACCCCCUGGUCACGGGAGGUGUGCCUAUUGUGGGAGUGUCAUGCCCAACCUCAAACUGAUCAUGCACGAGAGACACUGCGCACAGAGCACCUUCAAGUGCCCGCUAUGCAAAGUGUGUGUUCCAAAGUCAGCUGAGAAGAAGCAUCAUUAUAUAGCCCACGAGCCAUUGAAGUGUGAAUGUGGCACACAAACCACUCAAGUUGCCCUCCAUGAACAUCAAAUGACUGAUUGCCCCAAGAAAUCCGUACAGUGUCCGUUCAAGUGGUGCAAUCUGUCAUUCCCAAUGGACCAAAUUCAGAACCAUGAGAAUUUGUGUGGACGUAAGAAAGUGCCUUGUCCAAUAUGUGCUGAGGAAGUGUCCCAGUUGGAGCUUGAGAUUCAUUUGGAGGCUUUUCACUCAGUGGACACUACCAAGAUAAACUGGACACUACCGCUGGCCAAUCAGACGACAGUUUUUAAACCAGUAGAGCCCAAGUUCAAAUGCACCUGUGGAGCGGGCUUUGAUUUUGAAGAUGACUAUCAAGUACAUCAGCUAACGGAGUGCAAAAAGCGGCAAGACGAAGGCGAUGUUGAAACUGAAACUAGUUUACUUUGUAACGAUGUUGUAGGAUAGCAUGCAUUAUAGUUUACGUGUUUUGUCAUCAUUAUAAUUCCAUUAUCCCAAGAUCGGGCAAGAGAAUAUAAAAAUUAA